CAACAACAACAACAGCAACAGCAAUUAACAGCAACAACAACAACAGCAGCAGCAGCAACAACAACAAUAACAACAACAACAAAACGGCAGCACUGCGAAGCAGUAGUUAUAGCCAAAACAGCUUUUUAAUAGCUUUAUCUUUUAACUUUAUAGAAUAAGGAUAAAUUUUAUAAGAUAAACAUAAAACAAAAAACCUUUUGUAUUUGAAAAUAUUUCAUAAACACCAGCCCUAGUUUAGUGUUGGCCGGAUGAGUUCUCUCCUACGUGCUUUCGCUCAGACAAUCUCUUUUCUAGUAAAGUAUAAGGUACGUUAUAGACAAAAAACUUCACUUAGCAACAAGUUUUGGUUUUGUUACAAUAAAAAGGAUACUUAAGUGUUUCAACCUAGAUUGAUAUCUGAUAUGCCACUUACACACACACUCCUCGCAAUGUUCUGAAAGGGAGGUCACGUGAUCUUCAGGCCCUCAAGGGCCGUGUCGUUUAUUUAUUGACAAGACAAGAGAAAUUAAAAUAACCGAGAUAAAGAAUGCAAUACUAUUAGCAGAGAAAACAAUGAGUCAAGAAAACAAGUCAAUAACUGGCAUGGUUGAGUAUGGUUAUCAUUAAGAGACAAUGGCAUAAUAUUGUGAGGAUUCGUCCCACAUCAUCGGUCUUAUUUUGAUCGCUACAUAGCGUCUUCACUCCUAGACAGCCGUAGAAAACACUUGAGAACCUGGAAAUUGCUGAAAAUGUUUUCAAAAGAACUACGUUUAUAUGUCAUGUUACUGGUCAACCUUGGGUGGACACUCCCAGCUCUUACAGGUAAAGAAGCGUGUUCUUGUUAUUCUUUCCAUGGUGAUCUUCGUCCAUGGUAUCUGAGCCGACAGCACUGCCUGGAUAAUGGUGGUGACCUGGUCUCCCUGGAAACGAUAGAGGAAUGGUCACGAAUCAAUGAUGAGAUACAGCACAGGACUACAGAUAAGUGUGGCGACAAUGAAUGGCAUAUUGGGUUGACAAACGUAACAGGAGUGUGGAGAUGGGUGAAUAAUAUAUCACUGACAUACGAUCGAUGGCAGGAUGGGGAACCUGAAUUCGUUACAAAUAAACCAUUCGUUAUCAUGGCAAAGAAUUGGCCAAUAGGAACGCAGGGAUUAUUCAAUAGCUUGAGGGAGGAUAUUCCUAGAGCGCGAAUAUGUGAAUAUAAAAGAAGUUGCGUUUCAAUUAAAGAAACUUGUAGAAAACUGACAGCAAGAACUGCAGGAUUUGCGGUUACCACUCCAAAAACAAUGCGCUUAUCUACAGCUUCGUUUUCGACAUACAUGACGAAACGAACCACUCCCCAGUACAAGACAGAUCCUGUUUUAAAUGGCGAAAACCCAACCAGUAAACCAAACUCAAAAGCAAAAGAAAAAACACCUUUUUAUAUUAUCGUGGUCAUAAUCAUCCUGGGCGCACUUAUCUUCUGUUGCUGUUGUAUCGUUGUCGUCGCUUUUAGACGGAAGAAAAAACGAAAAAAAGAGAAAAACAGCAAAAAAGAGGACAAAACAAGUAAUGAAGCAGCAAUCAAAACGCACGACUCUUCAGAAAGAAGUAGCGACUCAGAUGAGUUUGACGAUUCUCAGCAAGAGGCAGGGGAGAAAGAAUUGUCAAAUUGUCUAAACGAAUCCAACGUUGCCAUAAGUUAUACAAACUCGCGCGACGAUUAUACAGCCUUACCACUGAGGCACGAAUACGCUGAAAUAAUGAUUAUUAAAGAUGACGAUAACGGUGGUGGAGAUGAAUGUGAUGGAAGAGAGAGGGCUAAACAUAGAGUGAGGUUCGUUUGCGACGAAAAUGAAAGACUGAAAAAUGAAUGCAUUAGAAAUGGGAAAAGAAACCAUUCAACGAGCGAGGAUUACAACUCAAAUGGGAACUAUUUAGUAGAAAACUGUAAGAAACAUCAUGGAAAUAAGAAAAAUGGGAGCCCAGAGACAACGAGUCCACCAACGGUAAACUACAGAAAGCUAAAAGGACUGUUAAAAAUAAGCGAAAACAAUGAUCCACGAACCGUGGAAAGAGAACAACAAGAAGACAAUCAUGAUAUGGAGAUCGUGAAAUUAGACAUUGCCGUUCCAACGAAAGAAGCCCAGUACGCGAGUAUAGUUGAGAUUCACCCACACGAACACGACUCCAUUAUAAACAAAAAACCCUUCCUGAAAACGUUUGCGCCGGUUAAUGGUUAUCGUCAUCAGAAUGAAAGAAACUUUGAAGGAUAUGAACAGAAUGAAACAAAUUACGAACAAAAUAGCAGAGAUUUUGAACAUUAUGAACAAAAUGGUAGAAUCCUUGACCAGUGUGAGCAGAAUGGAAGAAACUGUGAUGAAAGAGACUUAUAUACGUCUGUUGAUAAAUCGGUCCACAACGCGCAUACUCGACCUCAUGAAGAAGUCUAUGCUGUAGUAGACAAGAGUAAGAAAACUAACAAGAAAGCAGCAUAUUCUAAUGUACGAAUGAACUACGUAGAAUUAGCAGAUUUCGACAAAAAUGCAGCGCUGUAUACGAAAAUGCCACCUCGUUACCAGCCCACAAGAUACACAGAGGUGGAAAUACCUAUUGAGUGGGACUAGGAACUACCAAUGACUUCACUCAGUUAACUUAGGAAAUCUAGAAUGUUACGUUACAGUAACGCCCUUACCUCCUUACUUGAGCGGAAAUGAACGAAUAUGGUAAUUUGCUAUCAAUAGAGACGUUAUUUCCGGUCUCGUAUGGAAAUUCAGUUAAAUGACAGAAGUUAAAUGACAAGUUUUCGAAAGAACUGUGGAUUGACGUGAUAAUUGAACAUGGAGGACUGUGUUUUCUUUGACUUGUGGUAGAAAAAGAAAUGAUAAUCAAGGUGUGACUUGAAAUAAUUUGGUCCUGAUUUUUGAAAGGAAAACAGGAUGUAUGAAAACAGUUUUCUUCUAUUCUCUCUUCUUUUCCUUUUUUGCUGAAUGCCCCUCUUUUUAUCUCCUGAUAUCCCUCGAUCCUGGAUAGUUUGACCCAAUCGAACCAGAACACUAACGUGAUUUAGAACAACAACGACUAAACAUGAAAGAUUAAGACUAUACGAACAAUGACCAAGGAAUUUUAUACAAACGUCAUGACAAGUUAUGUAAUCAUAAACAGAGCUAUAAGAAUUUAUACAGAAUAUAAUGAUUUCUAAUAAAAUAGUCCCAUACAUAUGUGAUAGAUGAGAUAAACGAGAUAUAUACAUAAGUGAUUGCUAGUAUUUCCCCAAACGAACCUUAUAUGCUUCAGCCAAGGAGGAAAUUUUUAUGCCGGCAUAAAACGGAAGGGAGGGGAGGGUGAGGCUGUGUGUGGAUUUGCCGAUUUAUAUUAUAAAAAUUACUGAAAAUAUGCUAUGAAGAUUAGACAAGAAGAAAAGGCGAUGCAUGUCGUAGAAAAGAAGACGUUAAUGAAAUGUAUUUAAAAAAGGAA